AUGACCAAAACCGCCUUCACUACUCCACCAUCAUCAUCAUCAUUCUCCCCGGCCGAGUACGACGACGACGAUGACGACAACGACAACGAACCCGCCAUCAUCAGAGCCUGGGUCUACACCACCGGCGGCUACCCCUCCUGCGUCCGACAAACCCUCCUCCCGGCCCCCGAUAUCCAACCCGCCAUCGGCGGCGGCGGCAUCAUCGGCCCAACCACGCUCCUCAUCCGCGUCCGCGCCGCCGCCCUCAACCCCGUCGACAUCCAGCUCAUGAACCUGCCCGUCGUCUGGUCGCUACCCUACCUGUCGGGCGCCGAGAAGGGCAUCGGGGCCGACUUCGCCGGCACCGUCGUCGCGGCCGGCAGGGAGGCAGCGGCGGGUGGGUUCGGCGCGGGCGACGAAGUGUUUGGGCUGCACUUCGCGCCGUUUGGUGGCGCGGCGGGGACGCUGAAGGAGGUCAUAGCCGUGGACGUGCGGAGCGCCGUGGUGCUAAAGAAGCCGCGGGACUGGACGUGGGCGCAGGCGGCGGCGCUGCCGUUGGUGUGGUUGACGGCGAAGACGUGUGUGGGGAGGUGUGAGGGGUUUGUUGGUGGUGGCGGUAAGGGGACGGGGACGGUAGCGGUUCUGGGAGCGAGUAGCGCAACAGGCAUGUAUGCGGUUGUGCUCGCGAAGAGGAGGGGAUGGCGUGUUGUCGGCACGUGUAGUGCGAGGAACGAGGAGUUUGUAAAGCGGAUGGGGGUGGAUGUGGUGAUUGACUAUACGAAGGGGGGCGUUAGGGAGAAGGUUGCGGCGGAGGCGCCUGAUGCGAUUAUAGACUGUGUUGGCGGAACAGAGUGUUUAGAUUUGGCAAGGAGAUAUGUCACGAUUGUGGGGGAUAAGACAAGCAGGAGCGCAAUAGGUGGGUCGUUGACCUAUUUGUGGAAUCCCAGAAUGGUGCUACGGGCACUUCUGGGAAAGCUUGGGUUGAGGAGUGAACUGUACGAAUGCGUCAAUUUGGAAACGAGAAAGGAUUAUUUGGAGGAGGCAUUACAUCUGGACAAGGAAGAGAUUGUGGUUGAUAGCACCUUCUCAUUCGAGCAAGUCAGGGAGGCGCUUGAGAGGAUGAAUUCGGGGAGGUGUCGUGGUAAAGUAGUGGUGAGCAUCGGGCCCUAA